UAACUACUCAGGAUGUGGCUGUAGUUUCCCAAUACAGUCACGUGACCUGCUUUAGCGCAGUUUUUUAUUUUCCUAAAAAAAAAGACAACGCAGAAGAUUCGAAUUCAGAAAACUUGUGUGAAACCACUCUGUUGUUGAAAGUUCAAAAUGACCUUACUGACAAGCUGGAUAUCAGUCCUAACGGCAUUUCUCCUUCUCUUAUAUUUUUGGAGAGCAAAGGUCUACGCUUCUGGAAACUCGGAGGAGGAACUAGAUUUCACAUAUGUUAUUCUAGGAGUUACUCUGGGAGCAUUUCUAGCAAUUGGUUUUGUAGCACUAAUAAUCUGCCUGAUCAAAAAACAAAUGAUUGACAAUGUCUUUGAAGGAGAAGUGAUUGACUUUGUCAUGGCAGCAAAAUUUAACAACUUUAAUGAUGACCUUAUACUGACUGCUUUGAUGGUUCCUCAUUCCGGUCUACAGGCGUUUGCUACAAGGUCAAACAUGGGAUCAAGCCAAAACAGAGAUGUCAAUGUACCAGGAAAACAAAGUACAGAUGAUCAAUAAUACUUUUGCAAUCAACAGUUACCUACUUUGAGGAUCAAUAGAAGUCUCUUGUGCACAGUCAGGAAUCUCACCAAUACCAACUCCUUUCUUUGUUCUUUAAUUGAAAGACUGAUUGAUUGAUUACAGGAAGAGCUUAUAGUGGAUGCUAACUUCAAUCACCUGCUCACAAAAAGCCUGCAGUCCCCAACAGCAUGUAUAUGAAGGAAAUGUAUAAGGAGAGGAAAAUAGAUGAGCUCUUCUCAUUAAUAGAUCCCAUUUAGUCUGCAAUAACUAGAAGAUCAAUUUCUAAAAUCAAUUAAAUACAGAGUAAUCAAAAAGGUAGCAAAACAUUUCAGCAGCAGACUUUGUGGUCACGCCCGUAUUUCAAGACGGGUAAAUAGUGACUGAAGUAACUUUAAAAAUCAUUCAUUUGAGGUUGAAGCAAAACAAGGCUUCUCAAAUGUUUCAGGAAAUACAUGUUUUACGUUAAUAGGAAAGCAAUUAAUUAUAAAGUUAUACCUUUUUUAGCUUUAGGAUAGACAUAUUUUGUGGUAGUGCUAAUUCAGCCAUUUUAAAUGAACUGUGGCCAUUUAAAAUGAAAAAUUCCUUUUUGAAAUAAUGUUUUUCAUGUUUUGUUUUUAGAACACUGAAGUGAAAAUAGUUUUUUAUACUAAACCAAAAGUUUAUAGAUAUCUGAAACAAAACAUUUCAUGUCAACAUUCUAAUGUUGACAAACAUUAGCUAAUCUAAACAAACAAGCUAAUCUGACAUUUGCAAAAUUCAACCAACCCUGGUUUUCAGUAUAAAACAAUACACUAAGUUCAAUCAGAAUCUGUGAACAAUUUCAGUUUCCCAGCUCCUUCAUUAUUCUUCUAGCCUUAUAUAUUCUGUUGAAUUUGAUUUCAUCAAAAUUGUUUUGCCUGGCUCCAAUAACACGCUUCUGACAGUGGGAGUGACAAUAAGAAAAAUUACAUUUUUUUUUCUCAGAAUAUUUAUAAUAGUUUAAGUAAUUUCGAAUGCUUGAAACCAAGUUCCUUUUUAAACUCAUUCCAACUUUCAUCAAAGCUGUGAGCUUGUGGCUCUGGUCGCAGUUCAGAAAAUAAUACUAAAGAUUCUAUUCUGUUUAAUCUACUUCUUUCAAGAAUGCUGUAUUAUAACAGAUAUUGUCAUCACAAGGUGCAAGAAAAGCAAGAAGAUUUUUGUAUUUCAAGCCAGGUGUUCCUUUCAGCUUGUGAGGAUAGGAGAGCAAAUGUCAGCUGUGGGUGCUCUGGGAGCAUUUGGCUAGCAGCAAUGCCAUGCUGGGUGUCCUCUGCUAUUCCUACAGCUCCUUCCAGGAAAACCAGCAGGACUCAAGAGACUUGACAGCCUCAGGUAGACAGCAUGCAGAGCAUUAAGCAAUGUCACAGUAUUUCACAGGCAUAGCUAUUAUGUUGUAGCAUUACAGAACUACCCCAAAAAGGAUGUUAUUUUAUUGCAACUUAUAAAUAACUACUAUCCAGAUCCAAAGAUCACAAACUAUAAAUAGAUGGAUCUUCCUAAACUUUUAGCUCAGGUCAAUGUCCAUAGACAUAUUGAUUUUUUAAAUCUCUCAUCUAACAUACAAUCCUAAAAUUAACUUUUAAACUAGUGUCUGCUCUCAGUUAUGCUGUGUGGCAGAUCAUAAUAAAUAAAGUUCUUAAUGGUUCUUCACUACUGUAGUGUAACAGAACUUAUCCAACUUAAAAUAAAGAAAAAGGCAAAUGUUAGACUGAAGCCCAGCCCAUCCAAUAAUCAACUUUCAGAUAGUGAAGAGCUGCAAUUAACCCCACACAUUAAAGGCAGGGCUGAAGUGCAGAUUUACCAGAAUUUUGUUUCUAUGAAGAACAAGCUACUGUACUCCACGUAACUGUAAAUGAAAGGACUUGAAUAUGUUUUUAUUCUGACCUUAGCAAAGCAGGUAAUUUUUGAAAUGCCUAAAGGAAACCGGGUGGUAAUGUUUCCACACAUUUUGAACAACAAAAUGUAAGGUUUAUUUUCAGAAAAAAAAUGAUGUAUUGGAAUAAUUUCCCUGGAUUCCUAGAUAUCUUUUACCGAGUUCAGUAACACUGCAGUUCAUUAGUAGCAUUUGCUAAGAGAUAAACUGAAACAGUAAUGUGAUACUUGUAAGUAAUUGCGUGUGUGUACAUGUGUAAGUGAAUAAACCAUCUUGUAAGUUAUCUGUUAAUUGA